AUGAUAUUCGCGCUGGUCGUUUGUGGCAUUUCCGCCUUGAUCAUAUGGACGAUUCACGGCCUAGUCUCGAAUUAUCUGAUCGCCCGCAAGAUCGGCCUGCCUAUUAUUCUGACGCCCAUUGACUCAUUGAACCCGGUGUGGGUGCUUGCAAGACCGGUGCUUGAUCCCUUGAUUCGGCAGCUUCCUUUUGGACUGGGAGAUUUCGCCGGGUACAGCUAUCUCGGGUGGGGGUGGGAGCAGAGAUACCGACUGCACCGCCGAUACGGGGACGGGUUCGUGGUCGUCACCCCUGCAGAAUGCCAGCUUGUGCUCGGCGACGUCGACGCUGCGGCUGAGGUGCUGAACCGGUGGAAAGAUUUCAUAAAGAGUCCGGCCAUGUUUGCGCCGUUCAACAUCUUUGGGCCGAACGUGCUGACGGCCGAGCACGAGACCUGGCAGCGACAUCGCAGGAUCACGACGCCGCCAUUCAACGAGCGGAAUAGUGCGUUGGUGUGGAGCGAGGCGGCGAGACAAGCGAGAGAUAUGCUGGCCGGUUGGAACUCGACGACAAGCACAAGCCCCAUAGGAAAGGUCGGGACCAUUCGCGAUGAUGCCUAUACCGUCGCCCUCAACGUCCUCAGCGGUGCAGGGUUCGGGAAACCGCAGCAGUUUGAUAAUAGUCAGUAUCGACGGGCCGAAUCUGGCUCGGAGAUUCCUGUCCUCGAGGCCAUGCAGACCAUCAUGCACAACAUGUUCGCCAUCCUCAUCAUGAACUCCGCGGCCAAGGCCCCCGCCUGGCUUCUCCCCCGGAGCUGGAAACGGGUCCGACAGUCGCUUGUCGAGUGCCGCAAACACCUGGUGGAAAUGGUCAAGGCUGAACAAGAGGCGUACGCCAGGGGCCAAGGCGAAGGCGAAGAUUGUCACAACUUGAUGAGCACGCUCGUCCGGGUCUCGGAGCAAGCAAAGCUCCAUGGGGACACGGAUAAGGAAACCCGCAGACCGUGGCUUUCGGACGACGAGAUCUAUGGCAAUUUGUGGCUCUACCACCUCGCCGGACACGAAACGACCGCCAAUGCUCUCACCUAUGGCAUUGCUUUUUUGGCUGCGCACCCCGAGUUGCAAGACUGGAUCGGCGAGGAGAUUCAGCAUGUCAUGGGAGAUGAGAAAGAUGAUGCUGCUGGGUAUGAAGAGGCAUUCCCCCGAUUGAAGCGGUGCUUGGCCAUCAUGUACGAGAGUCUGAGACUGUACUCGCCGGCCAACGGCAUUCCUCGCUGGACGGGGGAUUCGUCACAGACGCUCAAGAUCGGCGACAAGACCGUGGUGUUGCCGCCCCGGACAUCGGUGCUCGCCAACAACGCCGCGACUCAGACGAACCCAAAACUCUGGGGCGACGACGCCGACAUCUGGCGCCCGUCUCGCUGGAUUUCGGACGGUGGUGGCUCUCCGGACAAGGAAGAAUUGCUGCCCGGUCCUCUCGGCGGCCGCGCUUUUCUGGCGUGGGCGUGCGGACCGCGAAUCUGUCCCGGCAAGAAGUUCUCGCAGGUCGAGUUUGUGGCGGUGUUGGCCUCGUUGUUUCGGAGUCACCGGGUCGAGCCGGUCUUGGAGGCGGGUGAAGAUAUGUGGGAUGCAAGACGGAGGAUUGAGCGCGUGGUUCAGGAUUCACAUGUCGAUCUGACGGUGACGAUUCGACACCCGGAGCGGAUCAAGCUGAGGUGGUUGCCCAAGCGGCGGGUGUAG